UGCGGUGGCGGACUCCCAGCGGCGCUCGGCGGCGCCCGGGGGCGCCGCUCGGCUGCCUGCGCCGCGUGGGCGGCGGUGGCCGCCGGCGCCGUGCCGAGAGGAUGUGCGGCGGCGCUGCACCCCGCGCUGGCUAGCGGAGCGGCGGCCGACUGGACGGCGCUGAUCCAGGUCGGCCUGUCCACGGAGCCGGAGGCCUGGCCGAGCACCGCCAGGCGCAGGGAGGCGGCGGCGGCGGCCACGAGCGCCCCGGCCAAGCGCGGCGUCGUCGGCAACAACCGGCAGCUGAUGAUCAACCAGGGCGACGUCGAGUACGUCUCCCACAUGACUGUAGGCAAGCAGACCGUGGUGGGCAUCAUGGACACCGGAUCCUUCGAGCUCGUCGUGUUUUCCACCGAAUGCCAGAGUUGUGGGACGGCAGCGAAGUACAGCCCGAAGGCCAGCAGCAGCCACAGCACAGGCUCGCUGAUGACCGUGCAGUCGUACGGCAGCGGCGACACGUAUUCGUGGGAGGCGGCCGACGAGGUGCAGAUAGGGCCCUUUCCGAAGAAGAAGCAGACGUUUUGGGAGGUGGUGGACGCCCGGAUGCCCAUCCUGAAGUCGGCAAACUUUGAGGAACCGCCAUCAUCGGGCUGGGCCCGCCCGAGACGCCCGCGGCGGACUCGUGGGCGGAGGUGCAGACCGCUCUGA